CGCCUACUUCUCGCGCAUUUUGCCUUCUUCCCACCCCAUUGGACUCUCCCUCCCUCUUCUACGUCACUCUGUACGCCUCGAACCCACACAUGUCUCCCACAUAUACACAUAGCGGAGCGGCGACAUGAGUGUCCCUCACGGUCUGAUGUUGCGAGCCUGGGCGGCGAGGCGCAGCAUACAUUCUGGAUCGCGAGAAGGUGCUGCACGCAUGGCUCCCACUCAGGAUCCAUCUGCUAGUAGCAAAAGCGGUGACGGUCAUCGAAUCGUUCAGAGAAGGCCAGCUCGAUCGGCUGCCAAACUUGCCGCAGCGGAGACCCCAGAAUCGUCACGGUCAUCCAAAGUCGCUGCAGAUGAGGGCAAGCCGCCGACGGCGCAUGCGAAGGAGUUGCACCAGUCAUCUUCGCCUUCGAGAGCCGCCGCAACGACGAGCAGCCACCAUGAAAGCCGGCUUGCGUCUUCGAGGCUUCCCAACAGUUCAGCUUCGUCCUUAUACCGAGUCGAGUACCCCCGUGUCAAAGCCGGAACACCUCGCUUGCCAUCGGACCGCAAGAAGUCCUACGAAGACUCGGCUUCAGGCUGGCACUCAUCCAAUGUAGAAGGGGCAGGUCCCUCUUCAUCACCUAGCGAUACGCCGACUCGCUCUUCGAAGGCCACUUCGUUGGAUCCGCGGGGCUCAUUCGCUGCCCUUGCGUCCUCACUGCGCAGCAUGAGCGCUUUGACUGCAAACGAUAUGUGUGUCCCGCGGCCGCCGUCACGGUCCGAUCCUGAUGCCUGGAAUCGACAAAGCGAUGACACGGGGAAGGGGAAAGAAAGAGAGGUGGACACUGCUGGCGCUCCUCUGGAAUUUCAAGGCAACAAAGAAGCAUGUCGUCGGGCCGUCGACGAGCUCGAGGCGUCGCUCAGCCGAUGGACUGCAGGUCUCGGCGUAAACCAAAGGGAAGCGACGAUCAACAUCGACGAGGCUUUGCAGCUCUACUUCUCUGCUUGCUCGCGGUUGGGCGAAGCCGACGCCCCACCUCAAUCCAUGAAAGCGGUCAGAGCCUUGGUGUCGUGCCGGCGCUUAUGGCCGAGCUGGUAUCCGCGCGCAACAACCCAUCAGGCCAUCAAUGAUUAUCUAUUACAACAUCACGACACAAAAGCCACUGCAUUCCUAGCGAAGAUCGCAAGACGCCAGAACGAGCAUAGAACUCUUUACGAGCGAGACUCGCGCAUUCUGCUGCGUCUCUGCGUGUCACUCCUUUCCUCGCCUAGUCUAUUGGAUCGCCGCAGAGGAAAAUCGACUUUGAUACAGGCACUGUCCCGCCAAAAAGAUCCCAGCUGCUCCUUCGCAACGCUAUCACUCCGCACCGCGCUCUUAGCAAACUUCUGUCGAGCAGCAGAGGGGUGGGCGAAAGAUCCAGCGAUCGUGCCAUUGGCCCUCGGCGUAGAUGCACUGAUACGGCGAAACACCAUUCGAAUGCAAGAGCAAGGCGUCGGAGAUCGGGAGGAGUUGCUAGAGAAGGCCUGGUUAGCUGUCGUGGCCUGGCGAGCUCUCAAAGCACCGCGGGCUAAGACACCUGACUCAUCCUUCCCGGCUCUCGAUCCGGACCUAGUUGCAUGGGCUAAGGACUUACACAAGGAAGAAGUGCCGCGUAUCGCUGGCCUCGACCGCAUUCUUCACUCCAUACUCUUCCGAGCUCAGGUAGAACGCGGCGUCCCUAGCGCCCACCAGCACGCGGAGGGCUACCAGCAGCUUCUCCGAUCCAUCGACGACCUCGGCUUCAGUGGCGGCGCCUUGUCAUGGAGACACGCCAUCGAAGCUCUGCUUGGUUCUCACCGAGCCUUUAUGCGACCGUACGAGUAUCGAAGCAGGGCUGCCCGCUUCACUGCUCCUUCUGCUACUCAAUCUCAGGCUCCUUUCAAGGGCCCCGACUUGAUUCAACUCUAUGAAGCAAGUCUGCUCUACGAGGCGUCCAUUCGGGCCUCAAAGCCUGCUAUUGCCCUCGCACCGCCCCUGAUCGAUGCCCUCCUCUGCCAAUUUCCGCCUCGCAUCGAAAGGGCCAUGGAAAUCUAUCGCCAAACGCAAGCCAGUCACACGACCAGGCCCGUGGUGAGUGGUCAUGGCUGGCGCUCCCUGAGCCGUCUGGCAUUCUUUCGACGGCCGAGCGAGGUCUCCUCGACUGUCAAUGCAGAUGAUGAGGUUGAUUCGAUACAAUCUCUCCAACAGACCGCAGCGCUUGCCAAAUCUCUGCUCGACUUCCUCUUGAAGAGAGACGAUCCGAACGGACCACCUCCAGAAGGCCCGGAGCUGCAGUACGCCAUUGAAAUUGUCAAGGAUCUCAUUGCACAAGGGCGAGGCAGUAGUCUCUCUCAACUGGACCGUCAGAUUUACACCGUCAAGAUUCUUGUCGGCCUUUCAGCUCAUGGUCGCCGUCGCGUUGCAGAGCAAGGGCGACACACCACAAGCGAAGACGACUUCACGGAAGCGCUGGACUUCUGGAACCUCUUGAUCGGGCAGAGCAAGGAUCGGGAUGUAGAUCUGCACAGACCGAAUUCUGCGAGUCGACUGGCCGCGUCUACGGCGACUCGUGUAGCCUGGAGCAGCUGGCUGGACGACAUCCAUAAUGGGGCCCUUAGGGACAUUGCAAUGGCUCUCGCAGGAAGAGGGCUCAAGUCGGAGGGAUCACCGUCGAGAGAUUGGCGCGAAGCGCCUUUUGCGCUGCCUCCUCGGCACAAGUACGUAGCACUGCCCCUUGCUCCUCUGAGCAUCGUUGUAGACUGCAUCCUGAGGACCAUCAAGCCCGAUCGAUCUGCGAGGGCCUCAGGAAGCUGUAUCUCUCUGUUGACGCAAUUUGCUCAGUUGGCUACCUACAGCGCGCACUAUCGCAUGAGAAUGACGACUAAGGAAGACCUCCGAGACUACAUUGUCAUGCGGUGCUGGCACUGGCACUCCGAUCCUCCUCCAGAUCAUGCAUCUCUCUCCUCCGCCAUUCACCGAUUGGGCGUCUUUCACCUACACUCUGUGGUACCAGACACCCCUGUCAUCGGAGCCUACAUGGAGGCAAGCAAUCGAAUCGGUGACUACGCGACGGUCUUUGAGCUCUGGCAGGGGCUGCUACUGUCGACUAUCAACGAGCGAAACCGAGAGACCGGUUUUUCAAACUCUACAUCGAACAGCGCAGGAUCUCUUCCGCGCCAGCAGCAGCAGCAGCAACAACAACAACAGCAGCGCCUUGACUUUACAGGAGUCUCUGCGCGGCUGCCUGCGGCCGAUCGCCCUGCCAUCAAUUCAGCCAUCGUCUCCAUUCUUCUUGAUGCCAAAGGCUGGUGCGGUGAAGAGGAGACGGGUCGACGUGCCUGGGCUUUGGUCGGUCGACUCGACGAAGGAAGGCAGGUCGAUGACAAGCUGCGAAACGUCAAUGUCUGGACAUCGUGGCUCGAGUUUCUAUGUCGGUGUGGCCGGCUGAGCGAAGCCCUGGGUGACCAAGGGCUCGACGCUAUGCUGGUGGGAUCAAAUCCUCGGCCUAAUGCCAAGACCCUGACCACGGUACUGUCCUUUGCUUUGAGAAAGGACCUCGAAGAAGGGGCAGCUAGAGCUCGCCUGCGCCGCACGAUGGCCGACUGGGACGACAAGCCCGCAACGGGCCCAACGCUUCCAAGAGCCACAAGCGAGGGAGGCACAGCCUUCCAGACGCUACGUGAGAGGAUUCAAAGGGGCGACUAUGGUCAAGGAAUGUGGGAGGAGAUUGUAUCGGAGCGUCCCGACAUGAUGAAGGCGUCGCUGUAGGCGAGCUGUGCAGUCGCAUCACGUUUCGAAAUAGAUGUCAUUGUCAAUCCGUAAAGGGGUAUGAGAGACUAGGCAAAGAGUUGAAAAAGCUUCCUUGGACAUGCUCUACUUGGUGGCACCGGCGACGGCUCCCUGAGCCUGAGCGCUGGCGUCCUUUGCCUGCUUGGAGAGAUCGUUGGCCG